AUGGGAAAAGUAGCCGCGCCCCAGCCCCGGCUUGCUGCGACGGCGACCCACCGGCGAAUCGACCUACGGAAGGGCGGUUUGCGUCCUUACGCACGCCUAUCGUCUCCCAGCGCCAGAAACGGACGAACAAGACGCUCAAGAUCCGGCAUUUACAAGCGACCGCCAGCAGAGAGCUAUUUGCUACGGCCUACAUCCCACCAGCAGCAGAAGGACGUAGAUCGAUGA